CAUGCUUGAAUUAACUGAUGAAGAAUUUUGGAUAGAAGAUGGACAACCACUUUGCCGGCCGGCCAAAUCUUGACCUUCCAUUCUGUCUUCAAAUUUGUAUUUUGUGGCCGCCUGUUGGAAAGGUCUGAAUCAAUCCGCAAAUUCUCAGUAUUAGUAUAAUGUUCUUGGAACCACCAAACACUCAAAUCUGCUUGGAUUUGGCCCUGUUCUAUCUGCCGGCGCAUAAUAUUUAAAUGCUGGUUUCUGCCUUUUGGGCCUAUUUCUCUAUUCACAAGUUGCAAACCGUCAUUGUAAAAUCAGCCAAAUGGCAUUCAAAACUGAUGAAGAAAUCAUAUCAACAAUGCUGGCUCCUUCUUGUUCCACAGUUCCAAUGAUUCAAGUCUACCUCAUAUACAAGAGCUCUGCAGAAACUGAUCUCAUUUACGGGAAAUGGAUCGAAUUCCCAUCUGGGAAGAAGCUCGAAUUGGAGCAUGAACUCAGACCCCUGCACUGACAAAUGGGAGGGGGUGACAUGUGACUCCCAGUCGAAAUAUGUGAGGAAAGUAAUUCUUGAUGGACUCAAUCUCGAUGGAAUUCUGGAUGCAGAGUCUCUAUGCAAAGUGAAAACACUUGCAGUAUUGAGCCUGAACAACAACAGUGUUGUUGGAAAGUUACCCGAAGGGAUAUCAAGCUGCAAGCGAUUGACCCACUUGUAUGCAAGUGGAAACCAUUUCUCAGGCGAGCUUCCCCAGAGUCUUUCCCGGUUGAGUAACUUGAAAAGGCUUCACAUAUCCAACAAUAACUUCUCCGGCGUGCUGCCAGAUUUGCCACGAAUUUCAGGCUUAAUAUCAUUCCUUGCUCAGAACAAUCAACUCAGUGGGGAAAUACCAAAAUUUGAUUUCUCCAACCUCCAGCAAUUCAACGUCUCCAACAACAAUUUCAGUGGUCCUAUUCCAGAUGUCGAUGGACGUUUCUCUGCCAGCAGCUUCUCUGGUAAUCCAGGAUUAUGUGGACCACCGCUUUCAAACACAUGCCCACCAUCUCUGCCUUCUAAAAAUGGAUCAAAAGGUUUCUCCAGCAAGCAGCUUCUCACCUACUCAGGGUAUAUAAUCCUUGGCCUGAUUAUUGUGCUCUUUCUUGUCUACAAAUUGUUCAGAAAAAAGAGGCCGAAAGGUGAAAAGGUUGAGGUUAUAAAGAAGGGAGUGAGCAUGGAGUCUAGUAGCAACAAGCCCAGCAGUGUUUCCAGCCAGCUAAAAACCAGUGACAAUAGAUCGGAGUAUUCGAUAACAUCUGCUGAAGCUGGAAUGACUUCAUCAUCGCUUACAGUUCUUUCAAGUCCGGUGAUAAAUGGGUUGAGAUUUGAGGAUUUGCUCCGAGCUCCUGCUGAAUUGAUUGGGAGAGGAAAGCAUGGAAGCCUCUACAAGGUUGUGCUGGAGAACAAGAUGGUCUUGGCUGUGAAGAGGAUCAAAGAUUGGGGGAUUUCUAGUCAGGAUUUCAAGAGGAGAAUGCAGAAGAUAGAUCAAGUGAAGCAUCCAAAUGUAUUGCCUCCCCUCGCUUUUUAUUGUUCCAAGCAGGAGAAGCUCCUUGUGUAUGAAUAUCAGCAAAAUGGCAGCCUCUUCAAGCUUCUCUAUGGAACCCAAAAUGGCGAAGUAUUUGAAUGGGGAAGCAGACUAGGUGUUGCAGCUAGCAUUGCUGAGGCAUUGGCAUUCAUGUACAGUGAGCUCCAUGACGAUGGAAUUGCUCAUGGAAACCUAAAAUCCACAAACAUCUUGCUUGGAAAGGACAUGGAUCCAUGUAUCAGCGAAUAUGGGCUAAUGGUAGUUGAAGACCAAGACCAACAAUUCCUUGCCCAAGCCGAGAAUCUCAAAUCCAAUGGUCCAAGUGGAUACACUGCAUAUAGCACCUUCAAGGUAGAUGUUUAUGGUUUUGGAGUGAUUCUUCUUGAACUGCUGACAGGGAAGCUUGUCCAGAACAGUGGCUUUGAUUUAGCUAGAUGGCUGCAUUCAGUGGUUAGAGAGGAAUGGACAGCGGAAGUUUUUGACAAGGCCCUGAUUUUGGAAGGUGCAAGUGAAGAGAGGAUGGUGAACUUGUUACAGGUUGCACUGAAGUGCAUAAAUCCUUCUCCCGGAGAGAGGCCAACCAUAAAUCAAGUUGCUGGAAUGAUAAACACAAUAAAAGAGGAAGAAGAAAGAUCCAUAGUCUCCAUAUGAUGAAGACUUCAGCCAUAUGCUUUAAAGAAACAGAGAAUAUGAAAACGCCGGUUAUAGAAAAUAUUUCACCACUGAUCCAUUUGUAUCUGGCAAUACAGUUAGUUUAUCAAACACAAUUUUUUUUCCCAA